CGAUGUUGGUGGCGUUCAGUAGUGUAUAACCUCUUUUUCCUGACACAGGCUCAGUCAUAUUCCCUUUACCGGUGUGAAGAUCAUCAAGAAAGAGAUACGGGCUACCUUGCCGCUGGCACCUCUCGACCAAGGUGAUGAACUCGCUGGCCCUGCCAAUGUAGCGCGUGUGCGGCCCAGAACAUCUAAGGGCAUCACAGACCUGUUAUUGCCUCAAACUUCCACCGACUUGAGUCGAUAGCCCCUCUAAGAAGCCAGUAGGCUGUCCGCAUCGAGCCUUAAUUUUAUUUAAAGAUAUCAGCGAACAACUUAUAAAUUGAUUCAGUCUUGCAGCUUUGUGCUUCCCGAAAAAACUGAGUGAUUUGAUCAACUAGGAGGUCGAACUUUUCCGGGAAAUAUCGAUAUUGACCCGGUUUUCGAGCUUUGAGCAGAGCGUUUCGAGCGAUAAGCCUAUCAGGGUGGCUCCGAGCAAUGUUUCUAUCUGGGGCGACUUGAAGCCAAGUUCACGCGCAAGGGCCGUCGUAACAAAGACAGUGAAUUUUCGUGUAACAUGAAUUCCAAGUAUGCGUUGCUCAAGUGCGGCUUAAUAUCGCAUACUCAACAAAAUGGGGACACCCACACGAAGAGCAUUUGAAUUGCCUAUCCGCUACUUCGAGAAGUACUGGCACAAAAAAUCCAAGGCGAUAUAUGGAGAUGAAGCUUCACACUUGGAAAGCCAUUUGCCUACCGAACAGGGCACGGGAUUUCAAAGGCUAUGAACAAAUGAUACACGAAGAUGCAAUGUUACUAUCGGUGUGAUCAUUACAAGAUCCCAGAGCACUUUACUGCCGGAUUGCCAGACAGAAACUAUACCUCGGGUUUUGGAGAAUUUUUCUUGUUUAUGCGGUGCGACAGCGUACUAUGACAAAUCCAACGCAGAAAUAGCGACAUUAUCUCGCUUUGAACUGUGAGUACCCCAAGCAGGUUUAUACUAUGAGGUACAAUCCACCAGGCACAGUUGCACAAAGAUCCUCUGACGAUACUGGAUGCAAAGAUGAACCAGCGGUAUAACCAGAUUGCACAUCUACUUAUAGUAAAGUAUUGCCCACCUCGUUACCUUCCUUAACUUUCGUGACGCCUCUAUUUCUCUCGUGUCUUUUAGUGUCCAUAUAGCCUGUGUUUCAUACUUUCAAGAAGAAUUACAUAUUUGUUCCAAGGUCUUCGCGAUAUAAUGCUAAGACACUUUACCACCGAUGCCCUGGAAGGGUUGUGCACUGAAGACCAACUUGAUCUGUUGAAUUCUGUGGAUACUCUCCGUUCACAGGGCAUCAGUCAUUAUAUCUCGCUGCCACAGAUUAUUGUGUGUGGCGAUCAAUCCUCAGGAAAGAGUUCGGCGUUGGAAGCCAUCUCUGGCGUUUCCUUUCCCGUUAAGAGCAACCUGUGUACUCGAUUUCCAACCGAGUUAGUGCUCCGCAAGUGUCCGCAGAUAGGAGUGAGCGUAUCAAUCGUCCCCCAUGGCUCCCGAAGUGAGUCCGAACAGCGUUCGCUUGAAACCUUUCGUGAAACGCUCGAUAGCUUCGAAGGCUUUCCGGCACUGGUCGAGAAAGCUAAGGCGGCCAUGGGGAUCUCGACACAUGGGAAAGCCUUCUCUAAAGAUCUCCUUCGCGUCGAAGUUUCGGGGCCCGAUCGUCCGCACCUUACAAUCGUGGAUCUCCCCGGUCUCAUACAUUCCGAGACCAAAAAGCAGUCUGCAUCGGAUGUUGAACUGGUACAGGAUGUCGUCCGCGCCUACAUGAAAGAACCACGAAGCAUUAUCCUCGCUGUGGUAUCCGCCAAAAAUGAUAUUGCCAACCAGAUUGUACUGAAACUCGCGCGUGAAGCCGAUGUAUCAGGCCAUCGGACGCUAAGGGUCAUUACAAAACCUGAUACGCUGGCUGUCGGGUCGGAUAGCGAAUCAACCUUUGUCGCUCUCGCAAAAAACCAAGAAGUUGAGUUUCGUCUUGGAUGGCAUGCCUUGAAAAACAUGGACUCUGAUAAGGGGUCACCAUCCUUGGCCGAACGGGAUUCCGAGGAAAGGCUAUUUUUCUCUCAGGGCAUUUGGGAAGACAUGCCCCGGUCGAGUUUAGGCAUCGAUAAAUUACGGGGAAGACUGAGCAAAGUUCUUCUAGGUCAGAUUGCAGCGGAGUUGCCCAGCCUGAUCGAAGAAAUCAAUGCUCAGAUUGACACUGCACACCGCGAGUUAGAGAAACUUGGAGAGCCUCGGGCAUCAUUGCAGGAGCAAAAAUCUUAUCUCCUCCAGAUUAGCCAAUCCUAUCAGUCUUUAGUUAAAGCAGCCGUCGAUGGUACUUACAACGAGCCCUUUUUCGAAGAAACCACCGCGAACAUUGGCUAUCAGAAACGUAUACGUGCGGUGAUACAGAAUCUCAAUCAAGAUUUUUCAGAUAAAAUUAGCCAAUACGGCAACUAUCGCCAAAUUGUGAAGAACGAGAGUACUGAAUGCCUGAACGAGCACCCAGUUUAUAUCACUCAUGGAGGAUUCGUUCGUCACAUAGAAGCACUUUUGAAAACGUCGAAGGGCAGAGAGCUACCUGGAACUUUCAAUCCUAUGAUUGUGAAAGAUCUGUUUUUUGAACAAUCAGCUCCGUGGGAGAAACUUUGUCGCGAGCAUAUCACGAUGGUCUGGGAGGCUGCGAAAGACUUUCUCCACCUGGCCAUUACCCAUACUGCUGAUGCUACUACCACAAAAAAGGUUUUGCAAGACGUGGUAGAGCCUUCUUUAAACGAGUUGCUGAAAAUGCUGAACAGCAAGACUAGUGAACUGCUUGCACCACACAGAAGAGGCCACCCAAUUACUUACAAUCACUAUUUCACGGAAACAUACCAGAAGACACGGAACGAACGGCAGAAAGCCGAGUACGCCACAAUCUUAAAGAACUUCUUUAGCAUAUCUUCUCUCGACACUGAAUACAAGGAACUACGCUCCGACGAUAGCUUACACCAGCUUCUUGAUUCCCUUGUCGAACGCACGGAGCCGGACAUGAGAUUUUUCGCCGCUAGUGAGGCCUUGGAUUACAUGAUGGCUUAUUACAAGGUUGCUUUAAAACGGUUCAUUGACGAUGUUGCGAUCGAAAUUAUUGAAAUGAAGCUCGUUUCGGCACUGGGUGCCAUACUCUCUCCCAUUACUGUGUUCAAUAUGCCAGACGAUAUCGUAACGCGGAUCGCAGGCGAGUCAGAAGAACACCAUGCUAAACGAGAAGAAUUGAACAAACAGCUUGACAUCCUCGCAAAAGGAGCUUUUACGUGCAAACAAUUCAUUGGCAACCGUGGUCUUUUGAAUGGCAACGAGCCCUCUCCCGGUCCCCAGCCUAUCCGUAACCGAUGUUGACUAUCCAUCGGAACACCAGGUCACUACGGUUCAUUCGCUAGAGGACAAUGUCGAAUGUUUGACCAAUAACUCUGAUUGCCAUAUCAUGUCAGAGUCUGGUAGCAUUUGCUCGGAAUUCGAUUAGUAUAUCGACUAUCCUCUUGCAGAACUCAUACCAUAUCAUCGUCGGCUAUAUCACCGGUUACGAUAGGGCAAUUGUCAAGUAGUUAAAGAUCUGGAGGGAAUUUUACAGCAACUGCACAGUAUACAGGCACCAACAACGGCUUUGAUUGGUGCUGUUGAUGGUGGGCCCGCAGUCGAUGUUCGCGCCCGCCACGCUGAAUUCGGUGGACCAUUUAGGACCGAGUCUGAGUUCAAUAAUUGGCUUGUCUCUCUAAUCCACCCGGAAUCGAAGCAGUAUCGCGGUCUAUUCUACAUCGAUACAAUCCAAAAUUGCCUGAGAAAAUAUAACCACCAACUAAGAUUUGCACAUGGUGACCUUGGGCUCCACAACAUCCUCGUCAGUGAAGACGGCAUGGUUACAGCAAUUAUCGACUGGGAGUUCGCGGGCUGGUAUCCAGAAUACUGGGAGUAUAUCAAAAUGAUCCAGUUUUCACGCGAUCCUGCCUUCAGGUAUUUUGCGAGGGGCUGUUGGAAAGAUGAAACAGGGGAGCAGGUGUUUUUUGAUGAGGAAUAUGUUCUUGAUCAGAUGCUGGACAGCCAGGUCAGGCAUGGGGAACGGGUUCUCAAACGGCCUCGUUAGCUGAAGGUAGACGGAACCAGCGUCCUGUAAAGCCGACUGGAGAGGCGUUUCAAUAUGAGAUCGAAGUGGCUUUAGGCCACGUGCCAGACGAAUCCGAGAUCAGAUAGAAUGGUGAAGGAUUUGAGUAGUGAAUGAAGUCGCUAUUCUCGAUGAUAUCAAGAUUACAUUAUGGAAGUAGACGAACUCGUUCAAAUUUAUUAGAGAUUUAUGAUUAACUAGCACGCGAUAAAUAGCAUACUUUGGUCGAGAAUCCAGCUCAACCAAACACAACAGCAACACAGUCGAGAUCAAACAGCCUGGGAAGCCUAGCCCCUGGCCCCCGCGAGCAUCAGAGACUUAGAUACCUCGGAUUUCGAGUGACGGUUCCGUGCUUUUGCUCUGCAUGGAUCAGGAGGUCCUUCAGGGUGUCAAGCGUUACUUUACAGGUCUUACAAUCGAGCUUCUUAAAAUCCUUCAGGUGCUUUCGCUCAAAGUGUUUGGUUAUACUGCCCGCAUGGUAGGACUGUAUACGUUCCUGGUGCUUCAACUUCUCGUUCUGAAGACAGAGGAAACACAUCGUUGGUCGCUUGGCUUCACUGCACUUGAUGAUAGUCAAGCGAAUAACUUCCUCGGGUACUGGUGGCUUAUUUACCGACGGUUGUGCAUCCUCUCUGUCUUGAGUCAUUUUGACGUCCGGGCUUCGGUACUGGCGCAGGGAGCCCUCCUGGACCCCGCAGUAUGAUGUGAUUGCAUUGAUCGCGUUGAUUCGCCUCUGCUGCUCUGCAUCCCAAGAGUCCCUCGGGAGCGUUAGGAGGGCAUCGAUGAGAACUAUCAUCUCUGGCAUCAUAUAUUCCGUCCGCUCCAGCACACUCUUCAUCGCUUCGUCGACUAUCUGGCCCUCAAGCUGGCGUCUACUGUCAAUGACCGGUUGUUCUUCAUUGUAUCUCUGCAGUUUCUCCCUCUUCAGCUUCACCCUUGCGUGCUGCUUGUCAUUGUUCAGGCGCCUCUGGGCUUCUCUGCACCGGUCUUCCAACGCAUCACGCUUCUUUCCAGGAGCCGUGGCGUCGCGCCUCCGCUUGAGCUUCUUGAGCGAUUUUGCAAGUUUUCAGAUCUUCGGCUGUUCAUUGACUGAUCGGGACUCUUGGGCUUUGAGCUUCCAGGGUCGACGUGGGUCAAUGGAUAAGCUCAUUGAGUUUAGAUUGAGGUAGUCAUCUGCUUUUGGGUCGAGUCCACGGUAAUUCCGAAUCUGGUUCUGCAUUGAAUCGCUCACGUCCGCUGCAUGAAUGUUAGAGGCGGUGGAUGUUGGGAGAAAGCAUAUGGUGUGAUGGGAUCUUACGAUUUUCAUUCAAUUUGUUUGCGGCACCAUUGCGCAAUACAUAUGGCUUGACCGUUUGCUCAAACCCCGUCAGCUCACCGCCCUUCUUCAUUCGAUAGCUCACCUUCCUGGGCGAGAGCCGCACCGCCUGGAGUAGCUUGACGGUCUCCCCAUCACGGAUAGCCUCGCAGAACAGGAACUUAUCUCUCAGGUCCUCCCGCAAGAGCAGCUUUUGCUGAUUUAGCCCUUUAAGAACAUCCAAUCUAUACAGGCUCUCAGGUGAGGUGAUAUUGGGGUCUUUGAAUGCUUUGAAGUGAAACAGCAUACCGAGGAGGAAGACGUGGGGGCUGAGUAUCAGCGAUGGAUCGUAGAUGAUCUCUGGAAGAGGGAAGGUGUCGCUUCCCGGUGAGACUCAGUCAGCUGAGGGUCUGUGGCGUUCGUUGCUACCAGGGUCAACAAAGGCCUACCUUGCUUUCUUGCCCAAAAAUCUCUUCGUAUAGUCGAAGGUGACCUGACCACCCAGGCGGGGCCGUCCAAACACGGCGUCUCUCACCAGAGUUAGCUCCAGAUCCCCCAAACGGAUGUCCAGUAUCGCGGACGGUCGAUUCGACGUGUACCCGGCGAAGUGGCAGAAUAGGAUCAACUGGAUACGCAGAUACCCAACGAGGAACAGCAUCUCGGUUGUUGCGAGGAGUACCCGGCAAAACUCCGCCAGAUCCUCUACAUACAUUGUUCCCUUCUCUAUUGCCUCCUCGCUGAGGCCUUUUUCUUUUGCGAUCAACCUGAGGAGCUGUGCUGAAGGUCAGUUCUCGGAUUCUCGGGUGGAGAGGAUAGGCGAAUAACUUACAUCCUGGGAUUUGGUGAUGAUCUCCUGGUCGAUUCUCUUGCCGGCCCCGAUUUUGUACACCAUCUGGAACCAUUUCCAGAAAGUCUGCAGGGAGCUGAGGCGCUUGAUCCCCCUUCGUCUUCCGUUCUUCCCAAAACGUCGGUCACAGACCCAGGAGAGAAACGAGUAGAGGGUCCGAAUGGUAAUGUCAUGAUAGGCCUCGGUGACGUCCCAGCCGACAUAGCUGCAGUGUCUGGUAGGAAAGACGGGAUUGCUCUUCGACCCAGUCAAGUCUCGCCUGUGUGUUUGGACUGUAACGCAGUUGUCGAAGCUUGGAUGUAUCGAGGCUUGCUGCCAGCUGCAGAUAAUAUUCGGGCGGAUGUUCUUCCUCUUGAUUCUGCAGCCACUCUCCGUCGUCGUCACUGUUCUCGUCGUCGCUUAUGUCGCUGUCGGCACCAGCCUUGGUAUCUUCAUCGCAGCCCGAGACAGACGAGCAGUCCGUCUGGGAGUCCUCAGCAUCCGAGAAGCAGCCACUGUUGUAGCCGCUAUCUGGAUCGCUAUCUGACAGGCGGGGAUCAUCUUCACCUCCACGGAUCAUACUUCUCUUCCGGGGACUGAGAAGGACAACGAAGACAGGAAGAAAAGUAAAGUAUCGAGCGAAGCAACAGAGAUAGACAAACUAAAGCAGUCUGAUAGAAAAUGGUGUAUAGAGGCAGAGCUAGAGAGUAGUGAAUAUCAGAGUUGGAGGAAAGACUGCAGCUGGUGACCUCUUUCACAGAAGGAGGAGAGAGGGAUGGGCGAUUGCCCACCCUCAUUUUGGACCUGGGCGAGCAAAGGGAAGGCCAUUUUCGUCCUGUUCUAAAGAGUUGUGAUGGAACCACCAUACGGGCGAUUGAACUUGCGACAUGAAGGGAGAAGCGUUACGAUCAGACAGGAACAAAGUUGGAAUGGUGCUGGCGCAACAGGGGUGAAGGUGCGUGGGCGGUACAGAUACGUGGUGCGUGGAGGCAAUUCCGGCGAGGGAACGGCCAUAAGCGACCGUGCGGGAAGGCCGCUUUCGGCCAUUUGCACGCCAGAUAAGUAUGUAUAAAAGAUAAUAACUGAUCACUGAUAUAUAU